GUGUUGAAGAAAGUGCAAAGUUGUGAGGAAAACUAUCUUCUUAUGGGCUCAAACUGUUCUGAGGACCAUCCUGUUAUGAAGAAGUAUACWGAGUGUCUGAGUCAAGAAAUGGAAGAGCUGGAAGGCAAAUGGUUAAGUACUCCCAAUGGUAAUAGGGUAGUGUUCUACUUCGAGCUCAUCCCGGCUGACAUGAAGUGGGUGGCUACUAUGUCAGGGGAACUGAAUAAUUGUUCGCAGUAUUUCUCGUCAUUUGCCAAUGUUUGUCAAGCAGAUAAAGCUACAAUUGGUGGUAYAAUUGGGGAUGCRAAGGCAACCUGGCAACCAUGGGACUACAAGAAACGACUUGCUGUUGUGAAAAAGGUUGAAGAUUUUAAAGCUUCCCCUAAAGGCAGCAAGAGGACUGAGGUCACCAGUUUUAUUGCUAAACAGAAAUCUAGACAARAGUUWACCCCUCCACUGGGCAAGUAUGUCAACAACAUUAAAGCAGAACCUUUGCAUGUAACCAACRAUGCCUGGCAGCACUGGUUUUUACACCUUCUUUCAAUUGUUAUUCAAUAUACUGAUUCAAACCAACUUAAGUCAGCAACAYCRUUGUCAGAUAUGCCAGAUAAUUCUACUUUAAUGUCCUUUUUGAAGUGUUUAAAGGGAACUGCUCAUGCUGGUAGACUUAACAAUGCUAUUGCAAGGUGGUUUAGUGAAAAGAGGAAAAAAGGAAUGGAAUUUUCUUACAGAUUUACUGGAGCUGAUUCAAAAAAAAUGUCAUGGCACUUUCCUACUCUUAUCCAAGUGCUAUUGGAUGUCCCAUCACUUACCAGUGGGUCAUAUGUGAAGUUACUUGGUCUAUUCUAUAUHGCCCUCAAAUUGCGUCAUGCAGCUGCCCUGUACUCACGGGUAGAUAUAACCAACAGUCAAGUGGAGGACUUGAAGAGUGUGUGUCAGCAAUACUUCACCUGUGUUCAACUGAUGCUAGAGAAAGUGAGUCCCACUGUUUGGACUCUUGGCUAUGCCAUACCSUAUCAUACAAGACAACUAUUUGAUAAGCUGGGCUAUGGGCUAGGACUGAACACAAUGCAAGGCAGGGAAGCUAAGCAUAUCAAGUUAGCCAAGUAUGUUGAAAACACUUGCAACGUCAGUAAACACAUGAGGUGGACCACAGUUUUCAGACAUGAGUUUGUGUCACUUGUAUGGCUUAGGGAGAUGGAUCCUUACCAAAGUUCUGGUCGCAGAAGAAAUGAUGGAGAGGUAUCUUAUGUACCUGAAAAGGUACGUAAGGGUGAUAGUGGUACAUGUMUGUGCGGUCUGGUUAAGUCAGCUGAAGAGAGGAGCUGCAAGAUAUGUUCAAGUACAUGUAUGUCAAUGAUUAAAGAGAGUGUUGAGAAGGGCAGAGUUACCAAUGCGCUUCGCCGCCUUAGUAACUCCAACAGCAUCCAAGCUAGAGUGAUUUGAUAUUGAUUUUCAUAAUUAUUUCCUCACCAAUAGAGGAAAUAUACAUAUGCCUUGGGUUGGUAUUGAGAGCUGUUGUUACUAUUAUUUCGCAUUGAAUUUUCCUGCAUAAAUAAAUGAUUAAACARAGGGUACUUGAAGUUUAAAAAUCCUUCAAUUUCUAAUCAAAGCACAGCAUAUUAUAUUUAUAUAUUUAUGAUAUUUAUAUUUAAAUGACUUUAAAUGAGCAUAGUUUUAAAAAGCUUGAUUGUUAUAAUCUUAUGAUGCAUCCAAUAAAGUGAUAUUAUGCUAGUUUUUGUAAAUUAUUGGCUGACUUUGCAACAAAUAAAAAAUGUUMAUGCAAAAAGAGAUGUUCUAUGGUGUUUGUGAAAGUGCAUAUGASCCUAAAUAGAGUACAAACACUAAAAGCAUGCAGAACUUUGUACUAUUUACWMYAAAAUAGUGCAAAUUAAACAAUAGAAUUAGCAUAAUUUAGCAGUAUUUAGUGGUAUUUAUGUUGCACAGUUUUAGUGUUUGUACUCUACAAUCACAGUGUAUCCAAAUAAUUAUAAUUUCAAUUAAAACAAAUAAAAAAAUUCAUAUCAACCAGCA